AUUAGAUUUAUUAGAUUUAUUAGAUUUAUUAGAUUUAUUAGAUUAAUCCCUAUAUUUUACUUACAUACGGAUAUAACACGCAUUAGGGUCUCGGAUUGUGACGUUAUAACGCUGUUAUAAACAGUGAAAUAAGACUUUCUGUAUUUAAUGAUCAUUAGCCAUGAAGUCAGAUGUGGAGGAUUUAAUGCCGAGACUCUUACCGCUGGGGCCGAGUGAUGAUGAGGACUGUAGUCUGACCGAACCGCCAAGAAAUCCGCACGAGUAUCUGAGACGGGUUCAAAGAGAAGCAUCACUUUGCCCAGAUGUGGUUGUGGCUCAGAUCGACCCGAGAAAACUGAAGAAAAACCAAACUGUAAAUGUCUCUGUGUCAGAGUGUCGUGCUGCACCACAGGGUUUCUCUCCUGGCCUUCAGUGGCAGCAGCAACAAGUCAGCAACUUCUCUCAAAUCCGUCAGAGCGUCUCCAAACAUCGGCAGCACUGGAAAGCCCAGUUUCUCGAUGACAACGUUGUCAUGCCCGGAGCAGACGAUGAAGACGGAUGGAAGAGAUUUAGUUUGGGUGAAAAAGUUUAUCUGAAUGUUACUCAGAGUGACGGAGACACACAGAGUCCAGGACUCGAUUAUGUCAAGCUCGGCUUCCCUCCAUUCCUCAGCAUCGUCAGUAAACUCCCUCAGUCCACCGUAUCGUCCGUGCUCGAGUACCUGAUCAGCUGGUUCGAGGAGAACGACUUUGUUCCACAGCUGGGUAGAUGGCUUUAUGCUUUAUUGGCGUGUCUUGAGAAACCUCUUCUCCCUGAAGCACAUUCACUCAUUAGACAGCUGGCAAGGAGAUGCUCUGCAGUGCGGGCUCAGCUGGAGAAUAAAGAUGAUGAGCGUUUAUCAGCACUGAACCUCAUGAUCUGUAUAGUAGCAAGGUAUUUUGAACAAAAUGAUUUGGCUGACAAAGAGUGAAGACAGAAGAUGAACCUCGAGCUUCUGGACACGACAUUUUGUUCUGUUCACUUCUUUGUUUGUAUGGAGGCUGAAAAAAGGCAGAAAUUCUGAAUAUUCCUUGACAUCCAGCCUUUAUUGUCACUUUUUUAUCAGUAUUCUGGAUCUGAUUUAAAAUGGCAAUUGUGAUAAACCAAUAAAUGUAAAAAAAAAUAAUAAUAAUAAAUAAGGAUUUGUUCUGAAAUAAACUCCUAAAUACUGUAUUUAAAUGUUAGGCUCAGAUGUUUAUUUUUUUUUAUUUUUCUUAUUUUUUAUGCUUACAUUUCAUUUCAGAG